AUGGAUCAUCAGGGCGCAGGAUUCGCCUUUGAUUCCAACAUGGAUUUCAGCAACAUGUUCGCGGCCGCGCCCGAGACAUUGUUCAAGCCAGCGGAUAACACUUCUGGCUUCUUCUUCUUCGCUGACGAGGGCAUCGACACCACUGCCUCAUCCUUUAUGGAUCCCAUCACACUAGGCACCCCCCAACAGGGCCCCUUCGACAUGAACAUCCCAUCUGCUGCGAGUUACUACCCACAAACUCCAGCAUCACAGUUUCUUGGCUCCGUCCCCACACAGCUUAAUACUUACGGAAAGCGCCCACUACAGCUCGAAGCCGACGACUUCCCCCAGUCCAAGCGUCAAGCAAGUUAUGACUUUCCUCUAUUCCCAACACCACCCGCCACAAACACCACCUCCAGCUGGGGCCUGGAGGCCACUCCUUCAACUACCACAGUAGAAGGUCUGUCGGAUGAAGCGGCGGAUGUUUGCGCAACAUGGUUUACCAAGUUCAACGUGCUCCCUGGUGACCGACACAUCGAUUCAUUAAGCCAACUCACUGGUGAGUCGGCAGAUGCGAUCCGGAGCUGGUUUGGCCAGCUUUUGAAGCAGGGCAUGGGCAAGGGAGGCCCAAGUGACUCCGCUUACAAGUCUCAAACCGCACACAUCCAGCAGCAAGACUCGUCCUGGGAUGAUCACACCUACCAGACAGACCUUCUGCAGGCCUCGCCAUCACAACCACUACUACUGGAGCACAUGACUACCCCGGAAAUCUCAUACAGCCAGGACAACGUUGUCUCAACUACCGUCCAGCCAGCCACCGCUACCAGAAGCUGCAAGAAGCGCUGCACACCUACCGAUGACCUAGAGUUACUUGGUCGAGACCCCAGGAAAAUCUAUCAGUGCACUCGGAAGUGUGGCAAGCGGUAUGGCCGAAAGAACGACUGGAAGAGAAAGGAGGAGGAGGGCUACCCAUGCAAGUCGUGGGUGUGCAGCCUAUGCAUCAGUGAAGGCGUGGAGAACGUCAAGCCAUGCUACAGGAAGUACCAUUUCGUGCAACACUUCCGAAACAUCCACGUCCAUGUUGACCCUGAUCAAUAUGAAGAGGCGAGCGUAGUAUACUCGGAGACGGAAUUCCCACGAAAGUGCGGAUUCUGUCGCCACCGAUUCUCGUCGAGACAGGAGCGAAUUGAUCAUAUUGCAGACCACUUCAAGCAGGGCAAGUGCAUGCUCGACUGGCGCGAUGACGAUGACAACAAUGGCGGCGAUGAUUCCACCGACGAUGACAACGACGACCGACCAAGUGGAGACGGCUUCGAUGGUAGCCCUUCCUUCCAACCACCACCCUUCCAUCCACAUGGCAACAACUCCAAGCCUUCCGGCGAUCAGGGUAGCAGUGGUGGCUCUUCAGGGCAACCACCUCAGGGUGGUUUCUUCCACUUCCAGCUCUCACAGCUUGGUGAGAGCCAGCGGUAUUGUGCGGUCAAACCUACCAGACUCACUACACUUUCGCCGAACAUCUCUCCGUCAUCAAUCUCAAUUGAUGUCGAUGGCACGGCACUACAAGACGAGGCGUUCAAGUCACAACAUCCACUCGACAGGCACAUUCCGACAAAGGGAGACCACGAAGCUGCUCUGGCCGGAGAUGCUUUCGCCCAGCCCAUAAUUAGGGAAGGUGGGUCGUCGCAGGAUGAACGAACUGACAAGCGUGGCUUGGAGCAUACGUUUGGAAUCAAUGCCACCGCUAGUACCGAGAUUGAAACGCUGAUUUCGACUCUCGCACCUUCUUGGAGCCAAUUAGGAGCUUCACUAGAGGCAUUGGCAACGAGCGAGGAAACUCCAUCUUCUGAGUCAUUGACAGACCUAACAGUAACAGCACCUUCUCAAUACAGCGAUGCAACAGACCAACUAUGUAGCCGACAGUCUACUCCGCAAAUGCCCAAGUCCUCACGGGCCUUCCACAGUAUCAAGCUCCUUGGUGCUGGAGGCUUUAGCACAGUCGACGAAGUGAAGCAUCAACAAACGGGCCUACGUAUCGGAAGGAAGACACUCAAGAAUCGCAACCAGACGGCACUUGAGGAACUCAAGAAAGAAGUUAAUGUCCUUCAAAAGCUACGUCACCCGCAUAUUAUUCGCUUCCUUGGAGCCUACUCAAAGGGUGACAAGAUGUCGAUACUGCUUUCGCCUGUUGCAGAAACAACACUGGCAGUCUGGCUUGAUCGGUCAGCAUCACAACGACCUGCCAACCUGUUCGAGACCGUUAUGAAGAUGUUUGGUUGUCUCUCUUCCUCUGUCAGGUACCUCCAUGAGCAGCGACCUGUUGUUAAGCACAUGGACAUCAAGCCCCAGAACAUCCUUAUUGUCGAUGGCGAUCAAGAGUUCCCGCACGUCAUCCUUUCCGACUUUGGUGUCAGUUGUGCAGAAGAAGAAUCCGACGAUCAAUCGCGACCCUGGACACGCCAAUACAUCGCACCUGAGGUCGUCGAAGGCUUCACUCGCAAGCAGGCUGCCGACAUCUGGAGUCUGGGAUGUGUCUUUGCAGAGAUGGCAUCUGUUCCAUUGAGUCAACACAAUCCGGAAUGGUCAGCCUUUAGCAAGGAAUACAAUGGUCGCACAGGAACGUACUACUGGCAAGACGUACCAGACGUACAGAAGAAGCUCGCCAUGUUCUUUGACUCAGCAAGGGGUCCAGCUGAACUGCUCCUUGUACGCGCACUCCAAGCUAUGUUGAGAGCCCAGCCUGAUGAGCGGCCGGAUGCGGCAUCGCUCACAAUGAUCUUUGCUCCUGCACCGUGCUGUCUCAACUGGCCGAACGACAAGAUGACGUUCCCCGGCCCGCAUGAGGAACUGCUAGAGGUAGAGAGAUUUGGGAAACACCACUGCAUUGAUGGUAAUACCCAGCCUCAUCUGCAUGACAAGGAUGGGAACGACUGUUCUGACAAUGUCCCCAUUGCAAAGACCUGGCUGGAUGAUUGUUUGUGCACCCACGGUGCCUGUCACCACUUGUCUUCGGGCUACUCCACCGAUCUCCCUAGACGCCUGAUUGAUAUCCUUCCGGAAGACAAGGCUAGCAACUACGUUCGCGUCGUUGAAAGCAAGUCUCACGAGGAACAGAUGCAACAUGUUCAAUAUGUUGCACUCAGUCACGUUUGGAGCGACACCGAGCCUCUACUUUCAAGCAAUUCACAAUCGAAGAUGCAAUCUGAACUCGCACUGGAAACACUGCCUAGUGCAGUAAGAAAUGCGAUUUCAGAGGUGCAACGUCUCGGCUUCCGAUACUGCUGGCUGGAUUCACUCUGCGUGCUCCAGGAUUCAGAUCAAGAAAAGGCACAAGAGUGCACAAAUAUGUCUUCAAUCUUCCGCAAUGCGGUCCUCACUGUCGUCCUUGACCAGCUGGCAAACCCGAGCACAAGCAAAGAUGUUAAAAAUGCAACCGAAGAUACACAGUUUACCUCGACAAUUUCUCCCAUCAAGAAUAGGAACACAAUCGCGACUCGCCUCCCGGCCUCCGCCCUGCUGCCCCCUUCUAUCCUCACAGCCCCCAACCUGGGCUGGGAUACUCGGGCCUGGGCGCUCCAAGACCGUCUCCUGAGUCGCCGCUUCUUGCACUUGGGCGAACAAUCAUACUGGGAAUGUAACACCCUCAAAGCCUCCGAGACCUUCCCUCGCGGUCUACCCGCGCUCCUUUGGGAAAAGGUCCACACACAAUGUAGCAAUGAUGCCGAGGAAAUGCGUGCACAAGCAAGCAAUACAUUUCCUAGUGCAAAGAUCUUCGCCAUGGAAUUCGACGAUGCACACAAUGCAAGCACGAUUCCCCAUCAGAAGCCCGCCGAGCCGCGUCCGCCACUGCCACCACUGCCGAGUGCCAGUCGUUUACGCGACUGUCAGUGGAUUAAGAAACAAGGCGAUGAUGCGGCUCGGGAUGCGAAUGCGGUGCUAGCGACGCUGGGUGGGCGUGCUAGUUGUGCGGAGAUACCGCAGUUUGAUGAUGGUGAGGAGUAG